GAGGCCCGGAUGCGGAAGUGCCGCCUUCACUUCCGCUUUCUCCGCAGAGGCAGGAGGUGUAGGUUGGAGCGCUCUGAUCCCGGCCCGGAACCAUGCCCCGCAAGAUUGAGGAGAUUAAAGAUUUUCUGCUGACAGCCAGAAGGAAGGAUGCAAAGUCCGUGAAGAUCAAGAAGAACAAGGACAAUGUGAAGUUCAAGGUGCGCUGCAGCCGGUACCUGUACACCCUGGUCAUCACAGACAAGGAGAAGGCGGAGAAGUUGAAGCAGUCCCUGCCCCCAGGUUUGGCUGUGAAGGAGCUGAAAUGAGCUGUUCCCAUGUGGGCCUGUCCACUUUUUGUUACUAUAAAUAAAGACCGGGACCGUUACCCAUGUUUGUUCUUUCCCAAAA